GAACCUGGAUGAAAGCACGGAAAUAGAAACUGGGCUUAGAACAUUAAAGAGGGAGGAAGGAGUGGGAGCUGAGACAGCCUUGAAAGUACCAGCAGCAUGAUGGUGGGUGCUAACGAAUGGGAGGGAGACUGCAGCAGAUGAGGAAGUUCUCAUUAAGGAGAACUUAAUGAGACAAUAAAAGCCUUUGUGAAACCUAGUAGUUCCCCUGCCUUUCCUCUGGUGAAGCUCUCCUAGUAGGUAAAACUUUUAAGUGUCCUACUCUUGAGCUUGGGGAAUCAACUUGCUAGGUAAGGUCAAGCAAAAGAUAGUGCAUGAAGGUCUGACAGCAGAACCUCUUCCAGAUCUUGCCGAAAUCAGUCAGGUAACAAUAUGGCAAAUUAGAGGACUGAUAUUAGUAAAGAGCUUCUCUAUGAAGGAGAGAUGUUGAUAAUAGUGUUAGUAAGUGGUGCAGGCCAAGUGUUACCCAGGUCUCUACAGCAUUUCUUGGUGUAGCAGCUGGGUGAGGGUCCCACCCAGCAUGGGAGUUAACCUGCUAUCACUCAUCCAGGAUCGGUCCUGAUGGCACCAAACCGGGAAGGGAACAGGCUGCUCUUUGCUGGUUGCACUUUGCUUCUUCCCUGCACCUCACUCAGCUUCUGUUGAGCUGUACAGGGCAGAGUUGGUACCAAAUCUUUCUUUAUGCUCCCUAGUCUGUCUGUGUGCAUGUAAAGCACUGGAUCUUUUCUCCCGUGCUCCUGAACUCUGGUUUAAUUUGCAAGCUUGCUGUACAGUGACCAGUGAUGAACUCAGGCCCUUCCUGUGUGUUUGCUAAAUGCCCGUACAGGGCAUGAUGCAUGUGUGCUCUCUGUUCAUAAAGGAACUGUCGCUUAGUGCAGUAAAUGGAAAGUCAAUGCUGGGACCCAGUAGGUAGAGCAGAGAGGAACAGGGCACUAACCUAGUGUUUGGCUCUAGCUGUGUAGCUGUUCAAAUUCCCUAAAACGACAUGACUUCGCCAUCCAGUUCAACUGCUUUUGACUAAUGGCAAACCAUAUCCGUGAACGGAAGGUGAUGGAUGUUAACUGGAUGUUAUACAGACUUUGCAGGACAGAACGGCACACAGAUGCAGCAAAGCAGAGAAUCUGAACAAAGCAAGAGGUGCUACUGCUGGUUCUUGUUUCAGGGCUGGUUGGAGAUAACCCCGUGUUGAAGCUGAUGCGGCAGAUCUGUUAGUCACUGCAGACUGACCCAGAACUGAGAGCGUGGUUAGAAACAGGAAAAUAAACUGAACUUGGCAAGAUUGGAGAGCAGUCCCGGCAGCUGUGGCAUUUCUUCCUCUUUCACGAAAAGCUUCCUUCUCCACAAACACCGCUGGGCCCGAUGGCAAAGGCGGUGCUCGGCGGGGCUGGUGAGGACCCACCGCUGUGGUGGCGGUGCCCGGAGCAGCGCGGCGCUCGGCUGUCCCUGACAGGGACGUGAUGUGGGACCUCCGCUCCCCGGCACCCCGCAGACUGGUUUACUCCGUAUAGACUUUGCAUCGGAGCUCUCCCAACCCUGCUGGGGGGCCUUACCCACCCAUCGUGCUCUUUUCUUAUUUUUGGGGGGGGGAGGUGGGAAAGCUGAACUGCGGCUCUGGUACUGGGUCCCCCCAGCAGGUCGGAGGCCGGGGGAAGAUGGCGGCGGCUCCCCUCAGCCCCCUCGGGGCCGGGGCGGGAAGCGGGGCGGGGGGGAGGGGGGGGGGGGGAAGGAGAGCGUCGCGUCGCCCCCGCCCCUCGCGUGCCCGCCCUCCCUCCCGCCCUCGCCGCCAUCUUGCAAGCAGACAACCGGAGGGGCUGAGCUCCGCCGCUGCCUCUGCCUCUCCCCCUCCCCUCCGGCCGGGCUGCCUUCUCCCGGGGCCGGGGGGCCGGAGCCGGCAGGUAAGGCCUUCAGAAAGGGGCACGCCCGCCCGCACAGCCCACUUCAGCCGGCUGUGUGAGGGCAGGACCAUCCCCCUUCCUCAGCGCCUCUCUCCCCUUCCCCGCACAGGUUUCCGCCGCCUGAGGAACGGGCUUCGUCGCCCUCCCCUCAGGGCCCUUGUGGGAGGGGGCACUCUCCUUGGCGGCCCCUUUCCCGGGCUGCUCCGGGCUCCCCGCCGGCCGCCAGCCCUACAGGUGAAGGGGAGCGGCGUGCGCGGAGCCACGCCGGGGGCUGCGGCGUGCCCAGGCCUCUCCCUUCGCAGGAGGGAGCGGAUUGUCAGGUACCUCGGGGAGCCAGGGCCGGCUUCCCCUCCCAGGGCUGUGUAUCCCACCUGGAGCAGCUGAAGGACUUGUAGGGAGGUGUGGGGUGGAAGGGUCUGCCCUCUCCGUUUAGCCCAGGGGGACAGGUUAGUGUGGAGGGCCCUUCAAGGCCAGGGAAGUUCCCUGUGGAAAGAUGGGUGAGAGGGUUGAGCUUCCCUCCAGCCCGUGGGCAUCAAUUCUUUAGUACCAGGGUUAUCCUGUAGUUAUUCCUGCCUCUGUUGCUUUCUGUGUGAAUGUGCUCCGUUCAUGGAGGUGUAAAAGCCAGUAGGAGUAGGGCAUCAUGCGUACCCAGUCCAGUAAUUGUCAUGUUUAUCAUGAUGUGUCUGUGUAACUGCAGCUCAAAAGAAAGCAUAGGAGUUCGUGGGCUGCAGCCUGCUCUGGUGCAUGUGUUCUCCCAGAUUUGAUGCAGGCUUGGAAGAUUUAUCCACCUCAAACCAGAGGAUUAUGGUCCCAUGUACCCUUGUGGAGUCAUGUCUUUACACAUCUAAUAAAGUUUUUUGAGCUUGCCAUCAUCCCAACACCUGUUUCAAGGCUGAUACAUCAAUAUUACUCUACAAAUGCCACUUCUUCCCCCGCCCCCAUCUGUAGCCCGCUUGUUGCUGCUGAAGUACAUCCACGAGGUGGUCAUUGGCCUGUGGUUAUCUGAAGAGCUAUGUUCAGUGUUGCUUGUGAAUAUGUCAGUAUCUUAUUGUGGUGUAAAAUGCACCCUGAACAAUAAUCAGGAACUGACAACUCUUGUCUUUCAGCAGAUCUCUUAAUUCUCCUCAUUUCCCUAAUCCAUGGAGCAAAGACAGUAACACAGUUGGAAAAAACUGUCUCCAAAACACCAUAUGAAUGUUUUUAGUAACAUUGGAAGUUGUCUCUAUGCUGCUCCCAUGUAACCACACAAGCAGGGUGCUUUCAGGUGGUGUUUUGAGACCUAAAUGCAUUUUUAGUGCAUACUCACUUCGUUGGAUUUAAGAUGUGUCUUUAACACCAUUAUGAAUAUUUGAUGAGUGAUGGCCAUUAGUUAACAGCUGGGAGUUAUGGAGAGUAAGUGUGCAGCAGAACAAAGGAAGAAACACUAGCCAAGGGAUGGGUUUCUCCUUAAAUUGUUGGGUACUUAGUUUGGGGGGGAUAUAGUGAUAUAGUUGAGCUUUAGACUGGAUGCCUGUAACCAUAACUGCUUUCUGGGAUUUUUUUUUUUAAAUUGUCUUGUCUGAAAGAAAGGGGUGAAAGGGGUAGAGUCUUGCUUUAAGUGGUAUAGGGGGUGCCACCAGGUUCUAGUAGAGCUGAAACAUCUAGGUGUUCAAAUUCUGUUACUAAUGCUCUCUUUGUGCGCGUUUUGGAAGUUUUGAUGACAAGCAGGUUUUCGUACACAGCAGUUGAGUGUAGCUCAGCCUCUUCAUGAAGAGAUUUGUUGUUAGGACGUUCCUGACUUCGCUUUGGCUCUUAAUUGAGAGUGAAUCGGGUGCAGUUUCUGUGGCAAGGUCAAACUGAGCAAGAGUGUGUGUAGUUGCAAAGGUGGGCUGAAUGAGUUUCUUAUAUAGAGCUAGCCAGCUGUUCCUGUAAGUAUGAAAACUUGUUUUCCAUUUAGAUGCUGUUUUGGAGUACGUAAUAGUACCAUCAGUUUUUUAUAACAGAUAACCUGUGACUAUUGGAUAAUUAUAUUUCUCAGCAGGGGGAUGUUUACCAGGAAAGAAGCUAUUGGUUUAUCUAACUUCACUUUGUUUUGAAUUAUGCCACUUGUAUUUGAUAUUUUCGGUUUCACACGUAAUGCUGAAAUGGAUGAUGAAGGAGUGGGCUAUUUAUACAGCAGAAGUGAAGUGCAGUAGCCUAGGAAUUUUUGAGUGGAGUGUUACUUUGAUCUAUCAGUGGCUGCUGGUCAAUGUGUUGGUUUUUUUCUUUUAUUUGAAUAAAAUGUUAUAGUAGAAGAAGUCAUGAAAAUGUGAUGUUACAAAGGAUAAAAGGUGUCAAGAUGGAAUCCCAUCAAAUCCUUGGAGAAAUAUUAGUAUCAAAGAAUGACAGCUACUGCUUCACCAAGUGGAUGCAUUGUGCAAGAGGUCAUUAUUUACAGCUACCAGCUUUAUUGAACUCUUCUUUACAUUUCAUCCUUAUUUUCUUUUAGAAGCGGAAAAACAACUUAGGUUUGAUGUUUUGUGUGUCAUCGACUGAAAUUGGGGCCAUCAUGAAUAUAACCAAGGGUGGACUGGUGCUGUUUUCAGCUAAUUCCAAUUCGUCAUGCAUGGAACUAUCGAAGAGGAUUGCUGAGCGCUUAGGAGUGGAGAUGGGGAAGGUUCAGGUUUAUCAAGAGCCAAACAGAGAAACAAGAGUGCAGAUUCAGGAGUCUGUGAGAGGAAAGGAUGUAUUUAUCAUCCAAACGGUUUCAAAGGAUGUGAAUACUACGAUCAUGGAACUCCUCAUCAUGGUGUACGCUUGUAAAACCUCCUGUGCCAAAAGCAUUAUUGGAGUGAUUCCUUACUUCCCGUACAGCAAACAAUGCAAGAUGAGGAAAAGGGGCUCCAUUGUCUCUAAAUUACUGGCUUCAAUGAUGUGCAAAGCUGGACUGACUCAUCUUAUUACCAUGGAUUUACAUCAGAAGGAAAUACAGGGCUUCUUCAAUAUUCCAGUUGAUAACUUGAGAGCAUCUCCAUUUUUACUACAGUACAUCCAAGAAGAGAUACCAGACUACAGGAAUGCUGUAAUUGUGGCCAAAUCACCUGCGUCUGCAAAGAGGGCACAGUCAUUUGCUGAGCGCUUACGGUUGGGAAUUGCUGUGAUUCAUGGGGAAGCUCAAGAUGCAGAGUCUGACAUGGUGGAUGGUCGGCACUCACCACCUACGGCCAAAAAUGUAGCUGCUAUUCAUCCCAGUUUGGAGAUACCCAUGCUGAUUCCCAAGGAAAAACCACCCAUCACAGUUGUGGGAGAUGUAGGAGGAAGAAUAGCUAUCAUUGUGGAUGACAUUAUAGACGACGUUGACAGCUUUCUUGCUGCAGCUGAGACCCUCAAGGAGAGGGGGGCUUACAAGAUCUUUGUAAUGGCCACGCAUGGCCUGUUAUCUUCAGAUGCUCCCAGGCUGAUAGAGGAAUCUGCAAUUGAUGAAGUGGUUGUUACAAACACAAUUCCACACGAAAUACAAAAACUCCAGUGCCCUAAAAUCAAGACGGUGGAUAUCAGCAUGAUCCUCUCAGAAGCCAUUCGCAGGAUCCAUAAUGGGGAGUCCAUGUCGUACCUUUUCAGAAAUAUAGGACUGGAUGAUUAAUGCCUCUUUAGUCUAAAGAAACAUCCCGGGCCAAACUGGAAGCGAACAGAUAAUGAGCUGUGAAGCAUCAUGCUUACCUUAAUAUUUCUAUUGAGCCACUUUUUAUUUUCUCUUGGUUUAAGUAUCAAGGUAGAACAGUUUUUAAGAGCUUUUUUUUUUUCUUUGCAGGUGGUUAUUUUUUUGGGGUGGGUGGGUGGGGAAUAAACAUUUUACAAAAACUGUUCUAGUUGCUUUUAGGUUAGUUGCACUAUAUACAUGAUGGAAAAAAUCCACAAAACACUUGAGGCAAGAAUUUGGCUUCUAAAUUAAGCAUUCCUUUUCCAAAGCUGCUUGCUACAAGUGCUUUAAAAGAUAAUAAAAUGAAGUGACUGUAUAAUAUUUGCAUUUUAAAAGCCAAAAAGGUUGUACUGUUGUAUGCAGUUCAGUGAUUUUGUAGGAGUGCUUUUAUAGAAAAGCAUAUGAAAUAUGCACCUGUAUUUAUUUUCUGCGACAAAGAAUAAAGACUUGUUUUGUGUGAGCUUUCUAAAAA